AUGUUGAAGCUCGGCGGUGGCGGCGGCGGUGGCGGCGGCGGUGGCGGGCAGGACUGGGCAUGCUCAGUAGCGGGGACAGGUCUGGGAGGCGAGGAAGCCGCGUUUGAAGUCGCGCGGCUGGGGGAUCCGGGGAAGGCGGGCUGCCGGGGCCCCGGCCGGGGGUGCGCUGGUAUCCCCGAUUCCGCGCCGGGAGUGGGCAUGCUCCAGGCCGGCGCCGGGGGCCCGGCGCGCGGGGGGCAGGGCGUGGAGGAGGUUGGAGCGCCGGCGGGAGGAGGGGAGGAGCGCCCGGCUCGCCAUCCCUCGGCGCCGGCUCUGCGGCUGUUGAAUCGGAAGCCGCAAGGAGGAUCCGGGGAAAUAAAGACGCCCGAGAAUGACCUCCAGCGAGGCCGCCUGAGCCGGGCCCCGCGCGCCGCCCCACCAGCCCCUGGCAUGGGCGACCACGGCGGGCAGCCGGAGCGCUCGGCCUCGCAUGCCCCGGGGACUCCCGCCGGCGCUGCAGCCGUGAACGGAGUGCUGCACAACGGCUUCCACCCGCCGCCCAUCCAGCCGCCGCGCCUCUGCAGCCGGAGCCUCCCGGGCGGCGGCGACGCGGCGGCCCCGCGCCUCCCGCUCCAGCCAGAGCUCCAGCCACAGCCGCCGCCCCCUCAGCACGACUCCCCGGCCAAGAAAUGCCGGCUGCGGAGGAGGAUGGACUCGGGGAGGAAGAACAGGCCGCCGUUCCCGUGGUUCGGCAUGGAUAUCGGUGGGACGCUGGUUAAAUUGGUCUACUUUGAACCGAAGGAUAUUACAGCUGAAGAGGAACAAGAGGAAGUGGAGAACCUGAAGAGCAUCAGGAAGUAUUUGACUUCGAACACGGCUUACGGGAAAACCGGGAUUCGAGACGUUCACCUGGAACUGAAAAACUUGACCAUGUGUGGGCGGAAGGGGAACCUGCAUUUCAUCCGCUUUCCCAGCUGCGCGAUGCACAGGUUCAUCCAGAUGGGCAGCGAGAAGAACUUCUCCAGCCUCCACACCACUCUCUGUGCCACGGGAGGCGGGGCUUUUAAGUUCGAAGAGGACUUCAGAACGAUUGCUGACCUUCAGCUCCACAAACUGGACGAACUGGACUGUCUGAUUCAGGGCCUGCUUUACGUUGACUCUGUUGGCUUCAACGGCAAGCCGGAAUGUUACUAUUUUGAAAAUCCCACAAAUCCCGAAUUGUGUCAAAAAAGGCCGUACUGUCUGGAUAACCCGUACCCUAUGUUGCUGGUGAACAUGGGCUCAGGUGUCAGCAUCCUAGCAGUGUACUCCAAGGACAACUAUAAAAGAGUUACAGGGACCAGUCUUGGAGGUGGAACAUUCCUAGGCCUAUGUUGCUUGCUGACUGGUUGUGAGACCUUUGAAGAAGCUCUGGAAAUGGCAGCUAAAGGCGACAGCACCAAUGUUGAUAAGCUGGUGAAGGACAUUUACGGAGGAGACUAUGAACGAUUUGGCCUUCAAGGAUCUGCGGUAGCAUCAAGCUUUGGCAACAUGAUGAGUAAGGAAAAGCGAGAUUCCAUCAGCAAGGAAGACCUCGCCCGAGCCACCCUGGUCACCAUCACCAACAACAUUGGCUCCAUUGCUCGGAUGUGUGCAUUGAAUGAGAAUAUUGACAGAGUUGUGUUUGUUGGGAAUUUUCUCAGAAUCAAUAUGGUCUCCAUGAAGCUGCUAGCAUAUGCCAUGGAUUUUUGGUCCAAAGGACAGCUAAAAGCUCUGUUUUUGGAACAUGAGGGUUAUUUUGGAGCUGUUGGGGCACUGCUGGAACUGUUCAAAAUGACUGAUGACCAGUAGAGAUGGGACAGGGAUCCAAGCUCUGCGGCUGGAGAGGGUGAAAGCCACUGUGGGACGGAAGCCAAGCCAUUAUGGCAGAUGAACCUGCUGGAUUUGUAAAUAAUUAAAAUCCUUCUAGCUGAUCUUUUCUCUUGGGUUUUGAGCUUAUGAUUCAAAAUGGGGAAUACAAGAGUUUUUUCUGUAUACUGUAUUUUUUAAAAAAAUAUUUGUGCAGCGUGGCCAAACCUACCAAUCUUAUGCAUUGACUUUGAAAAAUGAUAUGAUGUUUAAGAAGGACCUGAAAUGUAAGUGCUGUUUAUUUUUCUUCUGGGGUUUACUGAUCAGUGUGGUAAUUUUAACUUCAUUUAGUAAUUACUCUAGGAGAUUUUACCUUGACUUAUAUUUUUCAUGACGUUUCAUGAUUUGCUGUUGGUUUCAAAUGAAACUACAAAUCUGUCAUGUUUUACUGUGAACACUAUUUUGUUUGUUUGUUUACCUUUUUGGGUCUCGUUUUUUCUGUUUGAAUGUCUUAGGGAAAAAGAGAGUCCUUCCCCCUGUUUCUGUCCUCAGAUGACUCCCCGUCCCCCCUCCAAUACCGUUCUUUAAUGUAAUUGUUCAUAUUAAUCAAGGUGCUGACCAACUCAAUACAAAGUUAAGCACGAGAUCUAAAGCUCUCAAAAGUGCCCUUGAAGAGAAAACUCUGAAAAAGUGUUCAUGAAUUUAGUGAGUCUGGCAAAAGUUGAAAAUUAUAUGCAAUUUUGUCGUAUCCCUUAUGAACAUAUAGUGUUGCGGUAGAUUUAUUUUAUGUUAGGUUAUGUUAAAUUGAAAUGUUCUCUGAUGAGGUGUCCUCAUCCAGGCACAGCGUAUGAAUGGCAACAAAUCCUUGUGCAAGAUAUUGGGAUUUACAGGGGAAAGUCUCCCGGUAGAUUAACUGUUCACGUUGGGAUGUUUAGGAGAAGUCAUGGGUUGAGAUGUCGUGUGGUAAUAUCUGUGUUUUGUACAUGUAUGUAGCUAGGAGCUUUGUAACAAGGCGUCUUAAAUAAUAAUAAAGUUGUUUUUUAUUUGAAAUAUUUUAAACAGUAUUUCAAUCCCACUUUCUAAAAUUAAAAAAAAAUUAUUAUACUGA